UUAUAACUGUUCGUUUCCGAAAUUGUGCCAAACACAACAUCGUCCAAAAAUGCAUAAGUGUAUCGCGCUGGUGUGCUUUACGAUUCUUGCCCUCGUGGCCCUGAUCCUGGCCCCGAGUGCUGAAGCUACUCUGCAACCGAAAGCCCCUAACUUCCAAUACUUUGAAAGGCCAAAAUACAGGUAUCCCUACUACGAUGAAAAUGGAAAAGGAAAACUACUGUAUGGCUACGGAGGACCAGAACUGUAUCAAUACAAGAGCUUCUCGCCACUGGACGGCAUUCAUUAA